AUGGUGAACGACGUCAAUAAGUCGGAUUGCUGCUCUCCGGAACCCGAUGGUCUGAGCAAGCUGGCAGCAUUGCCUGGGGGUCAGCCGCCGGUACCAGCAUCAUCGUCGCCUCCUCGCCGGCCGGAGCUGCCAUCGUCAGAAAGGAAGUCGGACGUGCACCACCCUCCUCCUCUUUCAAUCGGUUCCGGGCCGCCGAGACUCAAGGAGGAGUCGGCCUGCACCGCCGGCAGCAACGGAGGCAACGUGAGCAACGGGAGCAGCAGCGGCGGUGGAAGCGGCUGCGGGGGCAGCAGCAGCAGCAGUAAGGUCAAGCAGCGUCGAUCGCGCACAAACUUCACGCUGGAGCAGUUGAACGAGCUGGAGAGACUGUUCGACGAGACGCACUAUCCGGACGCAUUCAUGCGUGAAGAGCUGUCCCAGAGGCUAGGACUGUCCGAGGCCAGGGUUCAGGUGUGGUUUCAAAAUCGCAGAGCGAAGUGCAGGAAACACGAGAGCCAGAUGCAAAAGAGCCUCAUGAUGGCGACAAGCACACCAAUCGAGUCGUCACGCAUCGCACCCUACAUCAGCGUCAGCGCGACGUCCCCACCACCGCCACCGCCACAGGCGCCCAGGCUUUCGUCGGAGCGGCUGUUCCUGCCGCCGCACUCUGCCGCUGGCACCAUUGCCGUCAGCGGGGCGGCGGGUAGCAGAGGAGGUGGCGGAACGGCAGCCGCUGCCGCCGCGGCUGCGGCAGCCGCGGCCACGUUUCUUCCGUACGCCGCCGACCCUACAGGACUUCUGGCCGCCGCGCACCACUACUCGGCGGUGGCCGCUGCGGCGGCCGCUGCCGUCGCGUCCGGUCACGCGCCGCCGCCCGUGCCGCAGCCUCCUCACCCGCCUUCCUCGGCCGCGGCUGCCGCCGCUGCGGCGAGCCUACUGUUCUACCCGGCGCACGUCCCGUUUCCCGGCGGGCUGACCACGGCGCUGAUGGCUGCCGAGAGGCUAACCACCAAGAACUCGAGCAUCGCCGACCUGCGGCUGAAGGCUCAGAAACACGCGGCCGCUCUGGGCCUGUGACGCCGGCUGGCAUCGCCACCGCUGCAGCCGUUGGAUCCGCUCCGCUGCCGCCAUCGGAGGCGCAAACUGUGAAGGACGGUUACGUAACCCAGCCCUGCUGGAGCCGUUGUCGAUCGCGGCGACUUUGAGACGAAGACGCCCGGAACGUUACGAGCAGGACUCACCCAUGGCCUUGAGGACAGGACACGAAAAAAAAAAAUGUGCUGGACAGCUCGCAGUUUUGGCGAUGUGAGGUUACAUGGAACCUCACCUCGUUGACGGGAACAUCAUAGCACUGUGUGCGCCCGAUGUUAGUGGUACACGUGAAGGCACGCUUAACGUGGAAUAUCUUCCGGUUCCCACAGGAACUUGCUGUUCGGUGAAUGUUGCGCAACUUCGGACGGCCUGUGUUGGACCUCUUUCACUUGUCUGCUGAAAACUUCUGUGAUGCGCUAGGUCACUUGCUGCACCGCAGGAAAGCGGCAAGGACUACGAAAGGAGCGGUGUGCGCACUGCAUUUAUGCUAAAGGGGGCACACCCUAUAGUUCGUCAUGCAAUUUAGCUUCUCCGCAGUGUGAACGUGAGGCCAUUUGAGAUGACUGAUAUUAUAGCGUCCAAUGAUUCAGGAAACAUAGUUAGAAAAUCAAUGUUUGUUAUUGAUUAGGGCUUGUGCCCGCAAAAAUGCUAUUUCACACACACACAAAAAAAAACUGCUCAAUCUGACCGUUGACAGCAGAGCGUCAUAGUCUUUCGGAAGUUACUUGGCAAACUCUUGUUGGCGGCUGCUCUGUAAUCAAGUUGUGUUUCAGUAAGAUCAUUUCACUACUUGCUGUUUUACUUCAUCCAGUACACACAAGUAAAAAAAAUUAUUUGUUACAUCCUUAGUUAUACUUGCUAGAUGAGAACGUGUGGCAAGUGCAACAUGAGUUUGCACUGCAGGUAACAUAAUGGUAAUCAGUGGUUCUGAACACGUGAUAGCACAAAUCAGUGACGCUCGUGCCUGGCCAUUUCAAGGCCAUGGAGCCGUUUCCUGCACCAUUAACUUCGGUCCUUCCUCUCGUGCUUUGCACGACAUUACAUGUACGGUUCCGCGAGGCAUUAGAGGUUUAUCUACUGUCGUUACUCUGGGAAUAUAGAGCGCAUCCUUCACGGUUUUAACAUUCAGGUUUAAUGGAACCCUAAAGAGAAACACUACAACAGUUUAGACUGAUAAACUAUUCGCUGAAAACUCAAUUUUAGUUAAUUUAGUAGCAGUACGUUGACCAGAAAAUGAAGCAUAAACAUUUUUUUAAUAUCGCACCAGAACUGCGGCGUCGGUACUUCGGUGUGACAUCACGAAUUUCAAAGUAUUUCUGUACAUUUUUGGCCGUUGUGUUGCGGUAAACAUUUUUGAAACUUGAGAAAAUCGGCCCUUGGUUCCUUUGGAGUACACUGUAGCCCA